AUGGGGCCUCCGGCCGGCUCGGUAAAUCUCCAAAAUGCCUCUUACAUCGCAGCAUCUUAUAUGAAGUUUCUGGAGUCCGCUGGCGCGAGGGUUGUCCCUCUUAUCUACUACGAGCCUAAGAAGACUCUUGACCGAGUAAUUCACCACUUUAUGGAUUUGAACAUCAUGGAGAAAUUUGAUGCAACAAAUCAUGCUUCAUCAUUGCGCUUCAUGGAUAGCAUAAAUCUAAAUAGAACUGUGUUUCAAUGGUUUCCUCCGGCUUUGCUAAAGAAGAUGAAGACUGAAUUCCUCGUGAUGCAUAAUCAUCGUUUGGGUAUUUCAACGAGUAAGUUCCGAAGGAGCAAAAAACUUUGUGAUUUCUUUAAGAUCAUAACCACUAGUGCCGAUCGAGAUGACAAGGAAAUAUGUUUCGACAUUUCAAGCACGCAGAUAUCCUGUGACUGCUGUCCAGUGGCACCCAGAGGCCAGAGUACAGAACACUUCUCUGAUAAGCUCAAUGUUCAAGCUGCAGUCCCCGAGAUUCAUGAGUUGAUUAACAGUGGUAAGGAUGAGUGGGCUGUGAGGAUGUCUCUUGGGCUUUAA